AUGGCCACCAUCUAUACCACCUAUAAGACUCCACAGAUUAAUCACUUUUUGAGAAGCAUUUUGUUCAACAACAGUGCUGAAGACACUAUACAGUUUGAUGAAAAUAGAGAAUUAGUUGCUGGUUUUGAUGUUACAAACUGGGUGACUUUCCCAAAUAGCUCUUUUGUUAGAGUAAAAGUUGGACAACUGGAACCUCAAGCUCCUGCAGGCAAAGAACUAAUCAUUAACGAUGACCAGAUUGUCUGGCAUAGGAUCUUUGGUCACGUACUGCCACUUUCUGUGUGCAAUGACAACUGCUAUCCUGGUUACAGAAGGAAAGAGAAGGAGGGAGAGAAAUUUUGCUGCUAUGAUUGUGCUCCAUGUCCAGAAGGGAUGAUUUCUGGCCAGAAGGAUGUAGAUGUCUGUGAAAAUUGUCCAGAAGAUCAGCAUCCAAAUGUUGACCAAAAUCAAUGCAUUCCCAAAGUUCUAAGCUACCUGUCUUAUGAAGAAACACUAGGGAUCAUCUUAGCUAUCUUGGCUGCUUCUUUGUCUUUGGCCACAUCUUUAGUGCUUGGAACUUUUAUUAAGCACAGGGACACUCCCAUAGUCAAAGCCAACAACCGAACCCUCACCUACAUCCUCCUUAUCUCCCUCCUCCUUUGCUUCCUCUGCUCCUUGCUCUUCAUUGGACAGCCUGGACACGUGACCUGCCUUCUCCGGCAAAUGGCUUUUGGCAUAAUCUUUUCUGUGGCCCUUUCCUCAGUGUUGGCAAAGACCAUCACUGUGGUUCUGGCAUUCAUGGCAACCAAACCAGGAGCCAGGAUGAGGAAAUGGGUAGGGAAAAGGCUGACAAACUCAGUUCUCUUUUCUGGCUCUUUUAUUCAAGCUGGCAUUUGUAUGAUUUGGUUAAGUACUUCUCCACCAUUUCCAGAUACAGACAUGCAUUCACUGAGUGGGACAAUCUUAGUAGAAUGUAAUGAGGGAUCAGCUUCCAUGUUUUACUGUGUCCUGGGCUAUAUGGGCUUCCUUGCAGUUGUCAGCCUCACUGUGGCUUUCCUAGCCAGGAAGUUACCUGACAGCUUCAAUGAAGCUAAGUUCAUCACUUUCAGCAUGUUGGUGUUUUGCAGUGUUUGGUUGUCCUUUGUUCCAACCUACCUGAGCACCAAAGGAAAAUACAUGGUGGCUGUGGAGAUCUUCUCCAUCUUAUGCUCCAGUGCUGGUUUACUGGGUUGCAUUUUUACCCCAAAAUGCUACAUCAUUGUGCUGAGGCCAGAGCUUAACAACAGAGAGCAGCUAAUAAGAAGAAAAUAA